UCCAUUCCACAAAGAAAGUGACAGCACAGACUAGAUGUCAAAUUGAGACAGACUUUGUCCCAGAAGAUAUCCCUUUGCUUUUAAGCAAAACUUCACUGAGAAGAGCAGGUGCAGUUUUGGACAUUGAGAACGACAAAGCCAUAAUGUUUAAGCAACCUGUGAAACUUCAACUGAUAUCGUCAGGACAUUAUUGUGUGAACAUGCAGGCCACGAAGGCCCACUUUGACCAAGACCUGCAGGCCAGAGACGAGCAAGCACAAAACGAAUAAGCUGGAGAUGGACCUCAAUGAGCUAAAGGGACAAAAUCAGCCAACAAAGGCAGGGACGAGGCCAUCAAACAGCAAAAACUACAGGCGUAGAUGAAGGACUACCAGAGGGAGCUGGAUGGGGCGCGGUCCUCCAGGGACGAGAUGUUCACACAGUCUGAAGAAAACGAGAAAAAACUCAAGAUCCUUGAUGCUGAAAUUUUAAAGCUGCAAGAUGACCACGCGGCGUCAGAGAGAGCCCGUCGACAUGCUGAACAGGAGUGAGACGAGCUGGCAGACAAGAUUUCUAACAGCCCCUGUGGGAAGUCCAUGCUGCUGGAAGAGAAGAAGAGGCUGGAGGCUCACAUCGCUCAGCUGAAAGAGCAGGGCAACAUGGAGCUGCUCAAUGGCCAACUCAGGAAAAGCAUGCUGCAGGUGGACGGCCUGAACACUAAGGUGGCUGCAGAACGCGGCAUUGCCCAGAAGAACGCAAAUGCUCGUCAACCGAUGGAGCGGCAGAACAAGGAGUCAAAGGUCAAGCUAGCAGAACUGGAAGGGGUCGUCAAGUCCAAGUUUAAGGCCUCCAUCACAGCUGAGGAAGCUAAGAUCCCGCAGUGGGGGGAGCAGCUGGAGCAAGAAACAAAAAAAAGAGGAGCGGCCAACAAGACUGUUCGACAUACGGAAAAGAAAUUGAAGGAAGUGAUGCUGCAGGUGGACUACAAUCGUUGUCAUGUCAACCAGUACAGGAAGCAGGUGGUGUUCAGUGAUUCAUCCAGAUGGAGGCACUCAAGGCAGUCAAAGAAGAUCAGGAGAUCCGUUCGGAACAUUUUCGCUGGAGACACUUUGGCACUUGGAGAUGGCAGUUGUCUUACCUACACUCAGAUCAUGUGGUCAGUAACUAAGGAGCAGCUCGCUGACUGUUUGACCGAGAAGGGGGCGUCUGCACUCGAUUUGCUGAAGGCUCUCAGCGAAGGUGUAUGGCAGCUUAAAAGCCAAACGGACUAA